AUGUCUCAACAUUCAUCAUCAACUAGUUCACAUUCAUCAUCUUCUCACCAUAGAAAAACUCCCUCAAUGGAGUUCGUAGACGAAGAUGUGAUGGACGUCACUCCACUCUGCAUGAUACCAGGCGACACCCCAGGUCCCUCGUCCAAAGCUGGAGAUAACCAAGGUAAUACAUUUGGUAACUCCUCUCUCCCAAAAGACAUGCAUUAUGGUGAUCGUGCAAUAAGGAACCUAGCCACUAGGAUUCUGAGAGAAGGGCAUGAAGUCAAAGGGGUUUCUACCCCUCUGUCUAGAAGGGAACCCUCUCCUGAGGAAGAACCUCAUGCUGAUAAAGAUGAGGACUCAUCUAAAUCAGAAAAAGAAUGUGCUGCUGAAGGGCUUUGCUCUCUAGGUAAAACCCUACAUAGCAAGAAACCAAAUGUGCCUCAAGAAAAGAUUAUUGACCUAGAGGAAGGAAGCACUGAAGGAGAGGAUGAUCCUUUGGUUCAUCUGGUAAAACCGAGUGUAGCUGAAAAACUGAGAACUAAGAAAGGAAAAAGGGUGGCUAAAAUGAGAGCUGCUAGAGUGAAAAAGACUGCAGAUGGAGCAGUAAAGUGGAAAUAUGUCAUUCAGAGAAGAGUAGCCAUUGAAAGAGAACUUGGACAAGAAGCUGUAGAGGUAAAGGAAGUAAUUGAGCUGAUCAAAAAUGCUGGACUCAUGAAGACUGUGGUAACUCUACCCCAAUGCUAUCAGGGGUUGGUUAAAGAGUUUAUUGUUAAUAUCCCUGAGGAUAUUCAUGAUAAGAACAGCAGGGAGUUUUGCAAGUCCUUAGUGAUGCCUGUUACGUAA